AUGGGCAAAGGUCAACCAAUAGAGCCCAAUAUCGAACAAUCAUUGGUCGAUCUAUGCAAAAGAACAGUGGCGAUGAACUUAUUACAUUGCUACCCAACAACAACGGAACAUGAAUUGAGUUGCGAGGAAUGGGGAAACGGAACGGAACGGUCGCAGUCGAUGGCUGCGUGUCAGGGAUGUGUAGAGCUGAGGAAGGAGGUUCACGAUCUACGGACGGCAGUAAAUCUGAUACUGCCAAUGCUACCAUUGUAUCCACAACUACCGAACACAUUCACAACAGCAGCAAAUAUAGCAGCACAACCUGCCCUGCAUCAAGUGUUACAACAGAGUCUUCUAAGGAGAAAACCUACAGCUCAUACACCAACCGUUCCACAGCCCGAGUGCCCGGGCCAGCUACGGACAGUAUUAAGCUCCCCUGGUUCAGCAUUGCCAAACGUUAUGCUGAUGAACCACUUGAUGAUAAAUGGACUCAAACCAGUCUCACCGACACUGCCCAACGGUCACAUUCAACCAGCCGUUGGUGAAGCUUCAAUGCAGACAGAUGAGCAACAAGUGAAGUGGAGCAGUCCAUCCAGCGUGGAUAGCAACGGACAGAAAACUGACAGUUCGGCAGCAUCCGCUGGCGACAACCAGAACAUUGAUGUGAUUGGCGACGGCAGCGAAUCGCCAACUUCUUCAAAUCACAGCGUACAGGAACUCGCCAUGUUGACAAGCCAUCAGAACUUGUUCAAUGCUUUCAAGGACUCUCAAUUCAUCUUUAACCAGGUCCCAAAGCAAGAGCCAGUAGCACCACUCAGAGUUGCUCCAGCAACCAACGGAACCACAAAUGGAGCUACUAAAGCUGCUGGACCAGAGAGAAAGCCAAGGAAGCCAGUCAACGAUGAUAUUGUCAAGAUUGUCAGAAAUCAAGACUUGAGCGAGGAGAACAUUGCCACCUUCCAGAUCCCAGUGCCAAAAGCGCAUUUGUCAGAUCCAACCUUCCGACCAGUGUCCGAACAACAAAUCAUCCAGCAGAUCAUUCAAGGCAAGAAAUACGACGAGAUGGAAGUUGGAGAGACAAUGAUCCAGCUUUGCAAGAAGUUGGCCGAGAAGCGAGUGUUCGGACCAAGACUCAUGUCGCAAACCACCGUUGCUGGUCUCAACCACUCGAACUACUCCAAUCUUCCAAUUAAGGGAAUUUGCUACAUUCAACAUGUCUGCAGAAAAGUCUUGUAUGACAAGUUCGAGAACGAGGAAGACUUUUGGGACAAAUUCCGUGAGGCAAUGCGCAAGUUGGCCGCCAGAUGCCGCAGAGUCAGACACGCCAAGAAGACGAAGCACAACAGAGAAGAAGCUCAGGCUGAGAUGUUGAGCAAACGAUAUGGAGAGGAUAUUCCAUUCAAUUUGAACGGCUCCGGAUUGAUCAUCCCAAAGUCCGAGCCUUCAGAGACACCAGCAGUGAAUGGAGACAUCAAUAUGAUCACGAUGGGACAAAUCGGCACUCUUUUGACUCAAUUUAACGCAGACAGAAAAACACCACUUACCGAGGUUCUGCCAGCUGAGCUGUUAACGACGUUCCUAAGCUACUUGAAUCGGCCGAAACAAGAAGUUCAGUCUCCACCACCAGCACAAAAUCCACAAAAUCCAAACUAG